AUGGCACGCUCAAGCUUCGCUAUAACCCUUUCUUUCUGCGUCAUAUUCCUUCUGGCGAUUGCACCUCGUGCUGCGGAGGCGAGGCGCAUUCGUCUUACGGAGAUCCAGGAAACGCUGGAGGAGAUCGCGAUUCGCUUACGAGCCGCGGCGGAUCAGGCUGCUGCUGAUCUGGACGCAGCAAAGGCCGUAGCCGAUGCUCGCGCCGCUGAAGAAGCAACUGCCACCGCCAACGUGGCAGCAGCGGAGACGGCGGCGGUGAAAGCAGCAGCGGAUUGGCAGGCGGCAAACGCGGCGGCAAUCGCUGCAAAGGCCACCGCGAAGCAGGCGCGGAAAAACGCGACGGACGCGAAGCAGGCGACCGUGGGGCUGAAGAAGAAAGCGGAAGCUGCCGACAAGUAUCAGAAGGCGCAGGAGAAGGCGCAAAAGGCGCUGGAAAAGGCCGCGCAGGCGAGGGUGCGGAAAGACAAGGCCACAGCGGCGGCAGGCGCACAGCAGAAGACCGCCGACGACGCGACCAAGGCGGCAACGGACGCCGCCAAGAGCAAGGGCAAAGGCAGCGGAGCGGCGAAGGCGGCGGACGCGAAGGCAAAGGCGGAGCAAAAGAAGGCGGCGGAGCUGAAUAAGGACGCGCAGAGCGCAUCCGCGGAAGAGUCCGCCGCGAGCGCGGAGGCAACCAGGGCCACCGCGGAGGCGGCGCGGAUUCUCAAGGUGACCCUCACGCCGGACGAGCAGGCUCUCACCUGCUUCAAGUUGCCCCGGGAUGGCAUGGCGGCUGAGACAUGCGAGCAGAGGAACGCCAGGCAUGCCUUGAGCCCGUCCUUGGUCAUAGGGAAGAGCGGAGGUGCAGCAUACGCCUGGCCGCUGGCAGACCCUGAUGCUGCUGCUGCUGCUGCUGCUGCUGCUGCUGCUGCUGCUGCUGCUGCUGCUGCUGCUGGCGGUGCUGCCGCUGUGCGCGAGUAG